UUAUUUUUGCCACCGCUCUCACAACCACAGCCAGUGUUCAGGUUCAAACAGAAAGAAGAAGAACCACAGCCAGUGUCGUCUGUAACUUUUCACAUGAACACAGCUGCUGUGAGGGCGGAGGUGAUACCUGCGAGACCAGGAGCAGGACAAAGAGGAGGUGGCCGAGUUAUAUCGAAACAGGAUACAGGAGUGUGUGUGUCACAGUGUGUGUGUGUGUGUAUCACAGUUGUAGGAGUAGAGAUCUGGUGUUUUGCAAGAAGCUCCGGUCAGAGAAACGACGCUGAGCGGAACCAUGUUUGAAAACUUCAGAGAAAGACUUCACAUGGUGCAGCAGGAUUUCACCACCGGCUUAAAGACACUUGGAGAUAAAUCAAGAGACACCAAAACCAAGAGAAGACCCAGGUUUGAAGAAAGCCCUCCACUUUUCAGUGCUGGACUGGAAAUCCUGAGCAGGUAUGAAGAGAAUUGGUUUCUACUCCACAAAAGAACUAAAGACUGUGCUCAGGCUGCAGAGUCAGUAGAUGGGGACAUAGUGAUGCUCUCGGCGCACUGGGAGAGGAGAAGGACAGCUCUGACGCAGCUACAGGAAGAACUGCAAAGCUUGCCGGCCUUUGUUAGUGAACUCGAUGCCAUCACUGCUAACAUAGCUCAUUUGGAAGGGGACUUUGAGGAGAUGGAGAGCAGGCUGAUCUACCUGGAGACUCUGUGCUGUCAGUGUGAACAACAGACGGUCAAACAACAUCAUGUCAACCAACUAGAAGUUUAUAAGAAAAAGAAGAGGAGGGAGGUGGAGGCACUGGAAGUGGAACUAAAUUCGGAGCAUGCUCAGAAGGUGGCGGAACUGGAGCAGACCAUGCGCCAAAAACUGCGAGACAGACAGAAGGUCUAUGAAGAAGCCUUUAACCAAGACAUGGAGCAAUACCUGUCCACUGGACAGAUACAGCAGAGAGAACAAAUCUCCAGAUUUGAGGACAACAGUCCUGCUUUGCAGUCAGAGAUGGAGCCAAUCAAACCUGACGUGGGUGUUCUGGAUCACAUGACGGUAACCAACAUGUCAGACCAGGAGGCUUUGGAUGACUUCCUUAACUCCAGCGGUGAUGACAUAAGUACUGGAUCAUCACUGACCUCAGGUCCAGACCCCGAGUCCUGCUCCUCUGAAUCUACAAGAAGCCAAAUGAACCAAGCCCCUCCCACUAACAACAAACCAUCCAACCAGGAUGCAGUAUGGGGGCGAGAAGAGGAAGCGGCCAGUGAGGAGAGUGAUGAACCUGUGGUGCAGUCAGAUGAGGACGAGGUUCAGCCGGACAUGUCAUUGGUUGGUCUGCAGGAUGUUGAGAGGGCCUCUGAUGAGAGUGACUCUGCAGGGGACCUGGCCUCUGGGUAACUGAACAACCUGGACCAUGAAACUCACUGAAUACUGGAACACUAACUACUGUUGCUCUGGUGCCCUGUGCUCUCGUCUUCAGCAAACAUGUGCCACUUUUCUGCUUUGAGGUCAAACUGCUCUUUUCUGACUUGACUUGAGAACAUGCCUCCAACACAAAUGCUGGAUUUUCAUAUCAAACACU